GUUUAAGUAGGUGUUGCCAUUUGUACAGUCAUGUGCUGUUGACAUAUUAGAUUUAUAGCUGGCAAUACUGUUAACAGUGGUGACAACAUUGAAAAACAAAAUUUUUUUACUCUGGCAAUACUGAACCCUGUUGUUUUUCUUUCCGUUCUGUAAACCGAAACGUCAAGAUGGCCGAGGUUGAUGAAACCCUUAAAAAGAAGCGUACCUUCAAAAAGUACACCUACCGUGGUGUCGAUUUGGACCAAUUGUUGGAUAUGCCCAACAACCAAUUGGUUGAAUUGAUGCACAGCCGUGCCCGCAGACGUUUCUCCCGUGGCUUGAAGCGCAAACCAAUGGCUUUGAUCAAGAAAUUGCGUAAAGCCAAGAAGGAGGCUCCCCCAAAUGAGAAACCCGAAAUCGUCAAGACUCAUUUGAGAAACAUGAUUGUUGUACCCGAAAUGACCGGCUCCAUCAUUGGUGUCUACAACGGCAAAGAUUUCGGUCAAGUUGAAAUCAAACCUGAAAUGAUUGGUCACUACUUGGGUGAAUUUGUAUUGACCUACAAACCCGUUAAGCACGGUCGUCCCGGUAUUGGUGCUACCCACAGCUCCAGAUUCAUUCCUUUGAAGUAGAUUUUCAAUCUCUCUUCUAUGGGAUGUUCCAACAACACCACCUCCUUCGUCAUCUUUAUUACUACAAGUUUAUAGUCUGUUUUUUUUCGUAUGCUCAGUCCUCCCAACUAAAUGCAUAUUGUAUUUUUGUGAGUGGUCUGCUUGCUGUUUCUUCGUUAGUGGAGAAAAACAUGAUUGAAGAAAUAAAAGAAAUUCUUUUUUAAGAUUUAACUUAAAACAAAA